AAAGAGUUUCAAACGAACUUUUAUUUUUUAAACAUGUUUUGCUUACUAUUUUUGAGCUUAAGCUUGAACUUACUCAAAAAUUGGAUUUUUAGAUUGGACAAAAUAUUUUCUGUUUAACAAGAAAUAGCGUUUAGAACUUCAUAUUUCUUGUUUUUAAGUGAACACCACCAAGUAAACCUUCGUUAUCUUCGUCCAUUCUAUUUGAUUGCCCCUCAGGUACAACAUGGCGAAAGGAAUAUAAGUUCAAAUUCAUUCAAAUCUCGCCUUAACAAUCAUGUUAAUCACAGAAGACUUGUGUAUCAAAAUCUUGGACAAGUGCCCAGAUAUCAAACAAUUGAAAAAGAUACAUUGUAGGUUAAUUAUUGAUGGAAACCUCGUCUCAGCAUCGCAUAUUGCUCUGAAAUUAAUGAAAGCUUAUUCUGAAUGUCGCCAAAUCGCAGUUACCCGCCAACUGUUUGAUGAAUUUCCUCAAAAAGAUGUAGUCUUCUUCAAUGUGAUGAUUAGAAGCUACGUAAACAAUGAAUUCUACGAAAAAGCACUUCGUAUGUACAGAAACAUGUUCAAGUUCAACAUUAACCCUGAUCAUUUUACAGUUCCUCAAGUUCUAAAAGCAUGUUCCGUGUCUGAGAAUUUGUGGGUCGGAUUACAAACCCAUGUUGCUGUUCUCAAGAAGGGUCUGCAUUCAAAUCUUUAUGUAGGGAAUGGAUUGAUUACAAUGUAUGGAAAAUGUAACCGGUUACUGGAAGGACGCCAGGUGUUUGAUGAAAUGCCUAGUAGAGAUAUCGUCUCCUGGAAUGCUAUGGUUGCUGCCUACGCCCAAAACCGGAUGUUUGAAGAUGCAUUGGAGAUUUGUAAGACAAUGAUGCAAUGUUCUACCUCAAAACCCAACGCAGGCACCAUGGCCAGCCUUUCCCCUGCUUUAACAACUUCUACUUCAUCUACCAACGUGAUGUUUAUGAAAGAAAUGUUCAUGAAUCACGCUCGAGAGAGUUUAAUUUCUUGGAAUGUCAUGAUAGCUGUGUACGUCAACAACUCGAUGCCUAAAGAUGCAGUUAAUCUUUAUCAACAAAUGGAGAAUUACGGAAUCGACCCGGAUUCAAUCACAGUUGCUAGCAUCCUACCCGCUUGUGGAGAUCUUUCAGCUUUAUUACUAGGAAGAAAGAUUCAUUCAUAUGUAAAAACAAAAAGGCUUCUUCCUAAUCUAACAGUAGAGAACGCCUUGAUUGACAUGUAUGCUAAAUGUGGGUCUUUAAACGAAGCACGCAAGGUGUUCGAUGAAAUGCCAACAAGAGAUGUCGUCUCCUGGACUUCCAUGGUCUCUGCUUAUGGCAUGACUGGAGAUGGUGAAACUGCUAUCACAGUCUUUUCAAAUAUGCAAAAUUCCGGAAUCGCCCCUGAUUCCAUUUCCUUCGUUCCAGUUCUAUCAGCCUGCAGCCAUGCCGGAUUACUAAACCAAGGAAAACAUUUCUUCAAAUUGAUGACCGAAGAGUAUAACAUCAUUCCAAGACUCGAACACUUGGCGUGCAUGGUUGAUUUGCUAGGAAGAUCAGGAAGAAUCAAUGAAGCUUAUGAUUUUAUAAAGAAAAUGAAAACAAAACCAAACGAUAGAAUCUGGGGUGCUUUGUUAAGUGCUUGUAAAGUUCAUUCCAACAUGGAAAUUGGUCUUGUAGCAGCAGAUCAUCUCUUUGAAUUGGUCCCUGAACAAGCAGGGUAUUAUGUUUUAUUAUCAAAUAUAUACGCAAAAGCAGGUAGAUUUAAAGAUGUGACAAAUAUUCGUUCAAUAAUGAAAUCAAAAGGAGUGAAAAAAGAGCCCGGUGUUAGUAAUGUUGAGCUUAAUAAUCAAGUUCAUUCGUUUCUUGCUGGAGAUCAAUCCCAUCCACAAUCUAAACAGAUUUAUCAAGAGUUGGAAGUACUUGUGGGGAAGAUGAGGGAUUUUGGGUAUGUUCCUGAAGUGGAUUCUGCACUUCAUGAUAUAGAAGAUGAAGAUAAAGGAAAUCAUCUUGCUGUUCAUAGUGAGAAGCUUGCUAUUGUGUUUGUGAUUAUAAAUACUAAAGCUUUUACGCCUAUACGGAUUACUAAAAAUCUACGUGUUUGUGAGGAUUGUCAUAUUGCUGCUAAGCUUAUUUCCAAGAUUGUUGAGCGGGAAAUUAUUCUUCGGGAUACAAAUAGGUUUCAUCAUUUCAAGAACGGGAUUUGUUCGUGUGGUGAUUACUGGUGAGAUUUUUGGGUUGAGUUCAAAUGAAAACAACAUAAAAGUAGAGAUUAGAGAAUUGUGAGAACCAAUCUUGAUCGUUGAUGAUUUCUAAUCCAAAGGCAACAAUUAAGAUUAAGAAAAUUGUUGGGCCAUUUUUGUUGAUUUAUGACUUAUUAAGGAUAAAUUGAUAAUUAUGCAUUCCAAUCCAACCUUAAUUGGUAAUUUUUCGGUGUGGUGCGGUUUGGACAAUGCCAAACAGCACCAUAAAAACCUGACAAUAUUUAAUAUAUUAUAAUACUUAUUA